AUAUAAUUAAAGUUUUCGUACACGUAUGCAUUUGCGUCAGCGAUAAAAACUACUUUGUUAACCUUCAUCGAUUAGGUUUGAUCUUUAAGUUCAUAUUUACCGUUUACUUUGAUGUGUUUCUAUAAACAGCAAGACUCGUACGCAGGCAAAAUUAAACGUAAUAAUAGCAACAGUUUUUUUCAAACAUAUAAAUUACAUAUUUCAACUUUAUUAAAAUCAGCGAAGAAUCAAUUCAUCGAUAUAUUGACCGUAGUUAUCAUCUUUGCAAAAAUUGCAUAAUCUUUUGCAUGAAAUAUUUAUUAAUCCGUAGAGUUUCGUAAAAUAUACAUUUCACUUAUCGUGAUUCCGCAUUGACGACACCGGUAAUAGAUGAAAAAUUAUGCAAUGUUUUUCUCCAACAUAGAAUAGUAUUAUUACUUUGUACCAAAUACUUGACGUAAUCAAUGAAAGCGCACAUAUCGGUAUUUAUAUACGUACAGAUAAUUUACAAAUCUGUUUUCCAAUAAGUACGAGCACGAGGCAUCGUCAAUACUUUUAACAGCAAACUUACAAUUUCACAAAUAUGUGACGUGUUUCAUUCAACCUUUGAAUAAAAGACUGCUAGUUUAUCAUGGCAUAUGACACGUAUACAAAAAAUUUACACAGUAAAUAUACAUUCACCGUCGACUGGGCAUCCAAUGUUGAACAAAUGUAAAAUACAAAAAUAUCUGCAUCACCGUGGCUCAAUUUUCUAUUCAGUCAUGUACCAUUGUGGUUUACUACUUGUGUUAUUGGACCUUUCUUUAGACGUGGUUGGGAGUGUUACUCAAUUAGAAAUUGACAGGCAUUUAGAAUUAGGUAGAGAAUUUUUAGCAAAGGGUCAAUUGCAAGAUGCAUUGUCACAUUACCAUGCAGCUGUCGAGGGAGAUCCAAAUAAUUAUUUAACAUACUAUAAGAGAGGCACUGUGUACCUAGCAUUAGGUAAAGCUAAAUUUGCACUUCUUGAUCUUGAUAAAGUUUUGGAAUUGAAGCCAGAUUUUACAUCCGCAAGAUUGCAGCGAGGUAAUGUGUUACUUAAACAAGCACAAUUCGAUAAAGCGAAAGCAGAUUUUUGGGAUGUGUUGGCGGUGCAGCCACACAAUGCGGAUGCUUUAAAUGCUGUAUAUAAAAUGGAAGCUGCGCGAGAAGAUCUCGAGGAUGCAGACAGUUUAAUGAAAAAUGGUGAUUACGCAGCCGUUGUGCAUAAAAUUUCUAAAGUUAUCGAAGUAUGUCCAUGGGCUGUUGAACUUAGAGAGCGUAGAGCAGAAUGUCACGAAGCUCUUGGAGAUUACAUCAGUGCCAUUUCUGAUGUGCGGUCUACAACUAAAUUACAGUCCGAUAACACGCAAGGUUUUUUGAAAUUAGCUACGCUGCAUUAUCGGCUCGGACAAGUAUCCGAAUCAUUGAAGGAAAUUCGAGAAUGUCUGAAACUGGAUCCAGAACACUCAAAGUGUUUUUCGUUUUAUAAGAAAGUGAAAGAGGUAGCGAAGCUAUUAACAAAUGCAGAAACAUCCGAAGAAGAAAGAAAUUACGAUAAUUGUAUAGCUUCUGCCCAAUCUGUACUUAAGCUCGAACCAAACGUGGUUAAUGUACGUUUUACCGCUCAUCAACUUCUUUGUAAGUGCUAUACUGGUAACUCGGAAUCGAGCCAAGCAAUUAAUAAUUGCCAAGAAGCGCUGAAAAUGCGAAAAGAACCUGGCGUGUAUUGCGACAGUGCAGAAGCCUAUCUUGCUGCUGAGAUGUUCGACGAUGCGAUAAGAGAUUUUAAGGAAGCUUUAGAAAUUGACCCGAGUCUACAGAGAGCAAAACAAGGGCUUCAUAAAGCUCAACAACGCCAAAAGCUUUCUGAGUCGCGAGAUUAUUACAAAAUUUUGGGGGUAUCGAGAACAGCAUCGAAACGGGAUAUUAUUAAAGCGUAUAGAAAGGCUGCACAAAAAUGGCACCCUGACAACUUUCAGGAGGGGGAGGAAAAGAAACGGGCGGAAAAAAGGUUUAUCGAUAUUGCGGCUGCCAAAGAGGUAUUGACUGACGAUGAGAAAAGAGCGAAAUUCGAUCAAGGAGAAGAUCCUUUAGAUCCAGAAUCAGGGAAACAUCAACAAGGUUUCAAUCCCUUCCAAGAAUUCCAUCACUUCCAUGGUUCUCCCUUCCAAUUUAAGUUCCAUUUUAAUUAGUCAUCUUUUUAAUCUCACGAUACUAGCCCAAGUAAAAGUUUCUAAAUUUAUCAUAUUGUCAUUUUAUAUGCGACAUAACUUUUGCUACCUUAGCUGAAAUUUAAUUUCGCUAAUCUACCUCGUCGGUAGUCAGACGUUUUGCAUCUGCAUCAAAUCGGAAGACUGUAUGCGGAAAAUGUCAAUCACUCAGUAAGUUAAAUAGCUGACCAAUAAUUAGCCAAAAUGCAUAAAAUACCGUAACUACAGUAAAGACUAAGUUUGCCAGAAUCGUUGCUAAUUGUAAUGGUCCUGCUGUUAUUCCUGAGUCAGUAAUUUGUUAACAUAGCUAUUGAAAGUUAAUAUGUAAAUAACUUGUACGCAUAAUUUAGUACUACUGUUAUAGUAAAUUAUAAUAAUUCCAUGUAAUUGGCUUUACCGAGCAACCAUUACGAAUCGAUGUAGUUAAUACAGAUUAAACAUGGAAUUAGUUCUCAGUGGCAUGAACAUGUUUUACGCGUAAAUAUCGUACCAUCGAUAUGGGGAACAUAGGUUCAUUUAUCUUUGUUUCGUAAAAGGAGAUAAAAAAAUUUUGCAUUUCAAUUGACUGAAAAGUAUCGAUAAGCACUAAUCGACCAGCAUGUUUUUGAUGGUCGUUGGUAAAUGAAUUCAUCAAGGAUUUAAAGAGUAUACACAUCGAUCGAACAAAAAUAUGUUUUCCGUGAUCACAAAUCGACUUACAUGAUUACAUCACUUUCAUAAUGAAUGACUUAGAUGAAACAUAAGUCGAAACAUAAUGAUAAAGCCAUAGAACGUACGGUGGCGACACUACCGUGUAAGUGUUAUGUCAGGCUGUGGAUCAUUUUUUUGAGUUUAGCUUUGAAACUGUGCGGUGAUUGUGUCAAAUAAAUACUAUGAAAGUCAUUUUCGGUAAUACAGUCAUCGAAGGGCACUUGUUUAAGUGUGGAUAGCGUAGUAUACUGUGCAGUGGCUGUAUUUGAUAUUCAUAAAAAUUGCGUAGGACAGUGUUUGUGCGCGUGUUGUGCUUGCAUGAAUGCGAGAGAAUUUUAUGUAAAUAUUGUAUCUCUGAUAUUUGUUUAAAUAUAUUUGAAUAAUUCAUACAAACACACUCGUAUCAUUUGUAUAGAAAAUCUGCGGGCAUUUUUUAUAUGAAAUACACGAAACGUGUUGUACAUAAUGCUCUUCAACACUCGUCAUACUUUAGGAAUUUCUUAACGUACAUCGCUGUAGAGAUAUUUAAGCUUUCUUCCAAAUAGCAAUUCUGUUCCAGUAUUUGUUAAUUUAAAUUUAUUUCUGUAAUCAUUUAGAGUGAUGAAAUUAUAACGAAGGAUGUUACGAAUUGAUUACAGACAUUGUAUUAAUUAUAAUUAAUUAAUGCCAUGGACAUUUAUAAUUUAUUUGUGCUAGGAGACAGAAAUAUAAAAUUA